GCUGCAGCUCGGGCUUUUCUCUCUGUUGUCAUCCGUCAGGGCUGCGUGUGUGUCGAGCUUUGUGCAGGAGAAAUGGCUGGGAUUAAAGCUCUCAUCAGCCUGUCCUUUGGAGGAGCCAUCGGCCUCAUGUUCCUCAUGCUGGGAUGUGCCCUCCCUGUGUACGAUAAAUACUGGCCUUUGUUCCUCCUCUUCUUCUACAUCCUGUCUCCCAUCCCUUACUGCAUCUCGCGGAGAGUGGUCGACGACACGGACUCGGCCAGUAACGCCUGCAAAGAGCUGGCCAUCUUCCUCACGACGGGCAUCGUCAUCUCAGCAUUCGGCCUGCCCGUCGUCUUCGCAAGAGCUGAAGUAAUCGCCUGGGGGGCGUGUGCGCUCGUGCUAACGGGUAACGUAGUCAUCUUCGGGACCAUCCUGGGCUUCUUCAUGGUCUUUGGGUCCAACGACGACUUCAGUUGGCAGCAGUGGUAAAACAGCAGAGAGAGGGGGACCUUAGUCUGAACUGUUUUUAUUAUUAUUAUUAUUAUUAUUAUUAUUAUUAUUAUUAUUAUUAUUAUUAUGGUAUUACUGUUUGGUUCUUGUUGUUAUUUAUAUGAUGACCGCCCAUCCAUAGACUCAAACCAGUGCAAUACUUCCUUUUUUCUUUUCUUUUUUUACCGCCUGCAUCACAUUGAACUGACACAAGUGGGAUGGAAAAUGCUGACUUUCUGUUGGAUCGUUACUCAUUUUAGUUUCCGUGUUUUAGAGCGUUUUUCAUUUGUGUGUUUUAUUUUUGAGCGUUGUAAGAUAAUGAGCGCUUUGGAACAAAUACUGCUUGUUUUAUCUGUGAGAAAAAGACGUUAAAUGGAAUCCAACUGAAUGCAGAUUAAGACUUAAUCUGACCUAGAAGGAAAGGGUCGUCCAGUCUGGGCUGCUUUCUCUAAUUAGUAGACACUCUGGAGGAAGUUUUCUCCACGCUGAGAGUACAGAUGGGUGUACAUUUCCAGUCUUAGUGCUGAGUUGAGUGUAAAUCUGCAGAAAACUGAUACAAACUCAGAUUUUUUUCACUCACUCAUGAUUAGCAUAAAAAAAAGCUAAAUUUCCAUUUGGCAUGAGAUUUAUUAGAUUGAAACUGCUGUGAAAGUCAAGAAGAACUAGGCCGUUACUGCCACCAAACCCCGUUACACGUGUGAAUGUAAAUCAGUUGUCUUUGUAUCAGCAGCAUGUUCUAUAUGUCUGUUUGGGACCAUGUGUCACUUUAAAAUGUUACUCCUUCAAUUAUUUAAAUGUCUGCAACCCAUAAAAAGUCAUCACACAAAAUAAGAAGACAAAUUCAUGAGCAGCAGAGUGUUUUGUUUCCUGAGCUUAGAGGAAGGAGACUCAUUCAGACGACCUCAGCAUCACAGCAGAGAUCAAAUUAAGCAGACGUUGUGAUUACCCAGGUGCCAACUGGAUGCAGGCUGCUUUAGUCAUUCUCCAUAGCCGUUACCUCACUCUGUGUUUUGGGCAAGCGUCGCCGUGUCAGGUCAAGAAAGCAUGAAAAGCUUUUUCGUAGCCGCCAGCUAGCGUAGGAUUAGCUCGAGGACAGUGGCCUUGUUAGAAACUGAGCCAAGCUUAGAACUGGGCGACUUAUAACCGAGGCCUCGUCAGUCACUGACAGCCCCUUAAGCUUCUACAUGUGACUCCUUCAAUAUAAAAGAAUCCGGCGUCAAAGCUCAGUGUUAUAUUUCUCUCUAGAAGCACAUUAGGUCCAGACAUGCCGUCACAUUUCCUCACACCAGCAUUGUGAUGAUAAAAAACACAGUUCUGAUUUGUUUUGUUGGUUUUUAAAGGCGUUUCUGUGCUCUCCUGCCUGUGUGAAGGAAAUCUGUACGUACGGUUGUUUAAUCUGUCGGCAGCUUACAGCCUCUAGUCAGUCAGGUGAUGCUCUGCUGUUUAACCGCAUUGGAUGGUGGCAAAGCUGGAACAAUUCCUUUGGGUCAAUUUUGUUUGAGUGGUUUUGUUUUUGUGGAUGGUUCAGUUUGAAUAUGUGCUCUCUGGAAGAUAAACAAAAUCUGAUAUUUAAUGAGGAAUAAUAUUUAAUUAGUGUCAUUUGUUUUGUGUCCCAGAAUUUCAAAACUUAUUUUUUUAUUUUGUGUUGUCGUUCAGCCCUGAAGGUACUUUUAAGUUGGGUUUCCAUGAACAGCAGAUUUCCAAUUAACGUUUAAGACAAGUUCUAACGAUCCUAAUGUCCACACGUUUUGUCCCAAAGAAUAAUUUCCACUUUCAAAAUCCACUUUUUCAGAUUUAUUUUUUUUAACCACACAUACAGUAAAUUGAACACAUUUAAAGGAAGUGUUUUUGGGGGAAGCUUAUUUGCUUUUCUUUUAAGAGUCAAUUGAGAAGAUUUUGUUCAUAAAACUAGAGCCAAUUCACGAUUAGCCUAGCUUAGCAUAAAGACUGGAUGCAGAGGGAGACAGUUUGUCUGUAAAAGUUCAACAAUAUGCCUCUAAAACACCACUAAAGUUCAUUAUUUAACAUGAAGCUUAUUGUUUUCCACAAAUAAAUAUAUGUAUAUAAAUGACAAAAUGUGGAUUUAUGUGCGUUCACUAUAAAUUGUUGGAUAAACUGCUGUUUGUUAUCAAUAAGUAAAAGCACAUAACUCCUUUUAUAACCACCAUUUGUCCUUUUUAUAUCUAUGCUUGUAUGCGGAUAAAACAAAUGAGAUACAACAUGUUAAUCAGUAAACAUUAGGGAUGUUAAUAGGUGUUUUUUAUUUAUUUUUUAAAGGAUAGCUUCCAGUCUUUAUGCUAAGCUAAUCGGCUCCUGAGUUGCAGCACUAUAUUUGAAGCCAAGGCAAGUGAAUAUUAACACAAAUGAUUUAUAAAUAGGAACAAAACCCUCAUGUUAAGCACAGUGUUUCCUACAUAAAUUAUGGGACAAUAAACAUAUUGAAAUCUGCAGAUUGGCGUUAAAACUUCCCCCUCAGCUGUUACAUUUAUUUAAACUUCCCUGUCUGUUACGUGACUCUUCCAGAGAUCAUAAACCUCAGUGAAGGCACUGAUUGUAUCCAAAGCACCACAGCGAUGGCAGCUUUUUAAUUUAAGUUUAAAUUGUAUUUAACUACUGAAUAACAUUGAAAACUACUGAAAUAUUGUGUGCAUGUUGUUACGUAACACCACGUGGUUGGACAAGCAGGGUAUAACCGGAAUAUUGUGUUCCUGAGGUGUGAAUAUCUGUAUGAAGCUCAAUUUGUUCGUCAAAUGUUCUCUCUGUUCUGUAGUCUGACGUUAAAAACUCCCCGUUGUGACAGCAUCUUGGUUUCUCUUGUGUUUCUGUUUGAAGAGAAAUGUUACGCUUUGUUUAUCACAAAUUUGGGAGAAUAUUGUAUUUAUUUAUUUUAAUAAUCUGACGCUUCGUGUCAAAUGUCCAACGCCAUUUUCUAUCUACAACUUUUCUGUUAAAGAGGCAGAAGUCAGCAUGGUGGUUUUCUUUUCUCUUUGUUUUUUUAAUAAACGCCAUUUU